UAUUCACCGAGAGAAACGGUGGUACGCCCUUUACCUCGUAAGGCUAGUGAAGUCUGUCUUCUUCCUCCACUCCUUCCCCGCCCUCUUUCAGAGCUCCAAUCCAUGGAUUCCUACGUCGCCUCCCAUUAAUACCGAAAAAGGAAAGCUAUUGUGCUCCUGCAAUCCAUUUCCCCGCUACGGUGGAGGACGAUCUGCCGCCACAGCCGCCCAUGUUCUCUCCUUCUCCGGUUUUGGUACGCAUCUUUUCUCCGCACUGCUAUUCCUCUGUAUAGCUAGGUCGCUUCAUUAGAUGAGGGUCGGAGUCGGAGUUGGAAUUGUGGCUUUGACAGAGGUAAGGCGACCACGAGAGAUUGUUCUAUGGUCCGUAAACGAAACCCUAGCCAUCGACCUUCGCGCACUCCCCCGGCGGAACUUCCGCCGGCGGAGACGUUAUCGGAUUCUACAGCCGUAAAGGCGGAGUGCGAGCGUGCGCUGACAGCGCUUCGCCGGGGAAACCACACCAAGGCCCUCCGUCUCAUGAAGGAUGCGCAUCAGCGUCACGAAUCCUCCGCUCUAUUCCACCGUGUCCACAGCACCAUCUUCUUCAAGAUCGCUUCCCUGCUUGAUGACCCCAACACCAAGCUCCGGCACUUGCGUAGUGCGAUCGACUCCUCUCGCCGCUCCGUCGCGUUAUCCCCAAACUCGAUUGAGUUUGCUCACUUCUAUGCGAACCUUCUCUACGAGGCUGCCAAUGACGGUCCCGCUUAUGACGAAGUCGUCCAGGAAUGCGAACGCGCGCUUGCCAUUGCGGACCCUGUUGAUCCAGCCAAGGAGAGCCUUCAGGAAGAAAGCCAACAGAAGUUCACCAAUGCCCAGGCCCGGAUUGCUCACGUGCAGCAGGAGCUUCGCUCUCUCAUUCAGAAGUCCAACCUCGCUUCACUCUCAAAUUGGGUGAAGAACUUAGGCAAUGGCUCUGGACGUGAGGAGAAUAUUAGAUUGAUUCCUAUGCGCCCCCUGAUGGAGGACCCCAUGGAAGUCACUGUCAUACCAACUCGCAGACCUAAUGAAAUCAAGAAGGCCACUAAGACCCUUGAGGAGCGCCGCAAGGACAUUGAAGUACGUGUUGCAGCUGCUAUUCUGCUUCAGCACAAGUCUAACUCACCUGCAUCAGUUGUGGAUGACACCCAGUGCAAUGAGCCGCCAUCAUCUUCUGGUAGUCGGGAACGUCGCCGGUCAAACAACUCACGACGACAUUCAUCUUCUGCUGAGAGAAUGGAGCAGACACGCUUCCAUUGGAAUUCAAUGAGUGCUGACGAGAAACUUGAGUUUCUUUCAGUGAGGGUUGCUGAUCUUAAGGAGCACUAUGCACGAUCAUCAAAGGAUAGCCUUGCAUCUGAUGUUUUCUCUGAGGCCCUCAAUUUUGUUAGCUCCAAUGGCACAUGGAAGUACUGGGUUUGUUGCCGCUGUAUGAAGAAGUUUACAGAUUCUGAUACUCAUGUCCAACAUGUAAUGCAGGAGCAUGUAGGCAGCCUUUCGCCCAAGUUGCAAUCUGUUUUGCCUCAAGAAGUUGAUGUCAAGUGGAUUGAGAUGCUUCAGAAUUGGAGCUGGAAGCCCAUUGAUUCAGCUUCAGCAGUGAAAAUGUUAGAAGAUGCUAUUGAAAAGAAGCAUUUGGCUCUUGAUGAUGAAAACUCUGAAGCUAGGAUUAAUAACGAUAAGGAUUGCAUAUCUGAAUACUGGAGUUCAAAAGAUAAUUCAGAUUCUUUCUCAGCACCAAAACAGAGAGAUAAUGUGCAUGAGAGGAAUGGGUAUGUUUUAGCGGGGAGGGAGAAUCAGUUCUCAACCUUUUUUUUGGAUUCGUCUCAGAGAUGGCCAUUGUCUGAUGAUUUGGAAAGAGCCAAACUUCUUGAAAGGAUUCAAGGAAUGUUUCAUCUGUUCAUUAAACAUAAGAACCUUUGUGUUAGCCAUCUCAACAAGGUGAUCCAAUUUGCAGUGGAAGAUCUUAAAGGUUCAUUAUCUGGUUCACUGCUGCUGAAUAGUGAACUUGACCAGUCACCCGUAUGCAUUUGUUUCUUGGGUGCACCCCAGCUUAGGAAGGUGCUCAAGUUUUUGCAGGAUUUGUCACAGUCAUGUGGCUUAGUCAGAUACAGUGAGAAGGAUAAUGCAGCUAGUGACCCAGUCAAGUCCGAUAAUGGAGGUCAAGUUCUAGAGGGAAUCAGUCUCACCUGUGAUUCGGAUAGGCUCCUUAUAAAUGGUCGUCUAUUCCAUUCAAAAACUGGCUCUAGAAAAUCUGAUGUAUCAUCCCUUGUUGACGAUAUAUGUACUAUCCCUGAUUCUGAUGCUAUUGUUUCCUGGCUAUUUUUUUGUUUGUCAUAUGAGGAAGAACUAUCUGCCUGGAAUCGUAGGAAAGAAGAGAAAUUUCAGCAAGGCAUGGAAACCCUUCAGAUUCUUGACAAGGAGAUUUACCUUUUGCAAAGCAUGUGUGAUAGAAAAUAUGAGCAUUUGAGCUAUGAGGAGGCCUUGCAGGCUGUACAGAACCUUUGCAUGGAAGAGUUUAAGAAAAGGGAUCCUACUAUGAAGUUUGCUUCCCAAAGUUAUGAGGUUGUGCUUAGGAAAAGACAAGAAGAACUUAUUGAAAGAGAGAAUGAUGAGAUGUAUACAAGUAAUAGACUUGAGUUGGAUGCCAUAUCCAAUGUUCUUAAGGAAUCACAGGGUUUGAGCAUAUCUAAAUUUGGUUAUGAUGAAACUCUGUCCAGUGUGACUUCUCGUUUGUGCGAGUUGGAAUAUGAUAAUGAUGAGAGGAGAAUGCAUGAGUAUGCACAACAAGCUGAUGCUUGUAUUGAAUUAGCAAUUCAGAGACAAAAGGAGCAAUUAUCUCUUGAGCGCAACAAGCUUGAUGCAAAGUUAAUGCAUAGUAUGAAUGGCAUGCAGCACUUAGAAGCGAAGCUUGGCCCUGCUUCUGCUUUUGAUUAUCAGACAAUUAUUAUACCUUUAGUGAGGUCUUUCCUUCGGUUACAUUUGGAGUCAUUAGUGGAUAAAGCUGCGACUGAGAAGUCUGAUGCUGCUAGAGAAGCCUUUUUGGCAGAACUCGAGCUUGAUAAGAAGAAAAACAUUAACAAGGAAGUUGAUUCGAGACAAGUACAUGAGAAGGCCAAGGAUAAGAAAAAGAGUAAAGAUUCCAGAAAAGCCAAGGACACAAAGACUACAGGUUAUAACGAGCAGCACAACUUUGACGAGGAAACUGCAGAACAUUUGGAGUUUACUGCUUCAAAUGCUGGAAAGCUUGUUGAUUUUGAGUCUACCACAACUGGCGAUUAUUUGGAAGAAGAAGAACUAAAACGUAAAGUGGAACUUGAGGAAGAAGAAAGAAAGUUGGAGGAAACUCUAGAGUUUCAAAGGCGGAUAGAAUAUGAAGCAAAGCAGAAGCACCUUGCAGACCAAUUAAAGAAUUCUUCUGGGAGUCAUCCAGUGACUUUCCAGGAAUCAUUUGGUCUUGAUUUAGUUCCAAACACCAAUACAUUGACAUCUAAUGAUCACAGCCGGGCAAUGCUGCAUGGUAAUGCUGCUGCAGUUUAUUUAAAGGGCAUACAGUUUGGAGAUUUUGGUUCUGAGGCUACAGUAAAGGAUCAGCAGAACCCCCAAUCUAGUAUGUCUAAUACCUUCUGUGAAGAGAAGCUGUUAUACCCUCAAGUACAUAGGUUGAGUAAGUAUAACAACAGUUAUGAAACUAGUGUUGAGGAGAUGCAAACUUCUAGUUGGAGCAUUCAAAGUGAAAAUAGAUCAGGUGGUGUUAAACUAAAUGGUGUAGCUAUAGCCGCAUCCACUGGAAAAUCUUCCACACACCCUAAUGCAAAAAAGGGCAAGAAUGAUAAGCAAUCCCCUUCAAAAUAUAAGCAAGUUGAAGAUUCACAAAAUGGAUUUGCGUCAUCUAAAAACCAAAUUAGUAAACAAGCAGAUGGAGACAGUUGUUUGGUCCAAUUGCCUGAUAAAAAUAUUGGGGUUCUGCAACGUUCUCAUGAAAACCCUUCGUAUGGGAAGAUGCCGAAUGGAGUUUAUAUAAAAAAUAAGCAGCCUCAUGAAAUUGCCUCUGAUGAAUUUUAUGAUGGAAGUGAUGAAAUGAAGACAUUCAAUCCAUUGCCUGUUGUUGAUGAUGAAGACAUGAGGUUCCAGGAAGAUCUUGAAAAGGCAGUACGCCAAAGCCUUGAUUCUUUUCAAGCAGAGAGGAAAUUACCUCAGGCUUCUGUCGUAAGAUCGUCUCAGCAAGGAUCUUCAGAGUUGGGGAACCCUGCUAAGGAAACUGAUAUUGCUUUGACUGACAAAGAUGUCUAUGGGACAGGUCUGACAAAUGCAAUUGGUGAAUAUAAUUGUUUUCUGAAUGUAAUUAUUCAGUCAUUGUGGCAUUUAAGGAGAUUUCAAGACGAGUUCUUGAUGAGAUCGUCAGUGCACGCACAUGUUGGGGAUCCUUGUGUUGUCUGUGCACUGCACGAUAUCUUUGUUGCUUUGAACGAAGCAACUCGGGAUAGCCAAAAAGAAGCUGUUACACCUACACAAUUGCGGAUAGCAUUGAGCAACUUGUAUCCGGACAGCAAUUUUUUCCAGCAGGCUCAGAUGAAUGAUGCUUCUGAGGUGUUAGGUGUUAUCUUUGACUGCUUACACAAAUCAUUCACAAAUGCUGCUCAGUGUGACACUGAAUCAGAAGAAAGCAACCAUAUGGGCAUUUGGGAUUGUGAUAGCUCUACUUGUAUAGCACAUAAUCUCUUUGGAAUGGACAUAUUUGAACAGAUGAACUGUUCUAGCUGCAGGAUGGAGUCAAGACACUUUAAAUAUACCACUUUUUUUCAUAAUAUCAAUGCGAGUGCGCUCAGGACAAUGAAGAUUAUGUCUGUGGAAAAUACAUUUGAUGAGCUUCUAAAAACUGUGGAAAUGAAUCAUCAGUUGCCUUGCGAUAUAGAGGUUGGCGGGUGUGGAAAGUUGAAUUCUAUCUUUCAUAUCCUUGCAGCACCACCACAUGUUUUUACAACGGUUUUGGGAUGGCAGAAUACAAAUGAAAGUAUAGAUGACAUUGCUGCUACCUUGGCAGCCAUCACAACUAACUUAGAUAUCGGUGUCUUAUACUGUGGUCUCAACAAAGGAAGAAAGCACUCUCUGGUAUCAGUGGUGUGCUAUUAUGGGCAACAUUAUCAUUGCUUUGCUUAUGAACAUGAACAUUGGGUUAUGUACGAUGACCAGACUGUCAAGGUGAUCGGCAGCUGGGAUGAUGUUAUUGAUAUGUGCGAGAAGGGGCAUCUGCAACCUCAAGUACUCUUUUUUGAGGCAUGCGACUAGUUGCCAGAAACCUUGUUCUGAUUUUUACACUUGUUGCGGCUACUAAAAUGGAAAAUUUCCUCUCUAGCAUUGCAUACCUUUUAAGUUGCAGCUUCAAGCAUCGGCGUUAAUAACCUCGCGAGUGCUGAAGCUCUCACAAAUGUUGGAGUGGGUUUCUCACCGUCCAGCUUCAAUGGAUCAAUUCUUUUAGUAAUUUCAGCUGCUUCAGCACAGAAAGAAGUAUUUUCUUCAUGCUCGGAAAUCUGAGGUACUUAACCAUUUUGCACAGCCAGCUUUGCUAAUUUUGAUGCAGAUAGCAAAUGAUUUAAAUUUUUCUGUGUUUUAAGCGAUUCUGUUCAUACAUAUAUAUGAAAGAAAUCUGAGGUCCUUUUACAAGUGUCGGUUCAAAGUUUUGUGAUCAUGUCAGCAAACUCGUAUUCCAUGUCUGCCUUCAUCAUGGAGCUAAAUAAUUGUUGUUAUUUUGCCUUUUAUACUGAUAUACUUUGCCCCAGAUUGAUGUCUUUUGUUUAUUUAUUUGUUUUUCUUCUACUGAGGUAUCAUGUAUGUAGUGUAAUAAGUUUGCUGGCUAAAUGAGAGACUUUGGGAAAGAUGA